UUAAUCCCCAAACACACACAAUUGGAUCAACCCUUAAGAAAUGGACCAAAAAUAUCACCCCACCGGAUCUCAACCGUCGAAGAAGAUGAUCUCUCACCUCCUAAUCUCCGUCUCACUCUUCUCCUUCCUAGUUUCCUACUCCUCCUCUCUGCUCCACCCCUCCCCCAAAUUCCACCCCUACUUCUCCUUCCACCUCCUCACCCACGCGCUCAGCAAAAACUGCCUCUUCCUCGUCUGCAACGGCCUCCUAGUCUUCCUCGCCAAGACCUCCGGCUUAAUUCGGCCUCCCGCCGACGCCUUGAUUCAGACGGCUCUCGACCGAUUUCAAUUGGAAGAGACCGCCGAUGCGGAUCGCAAUCGCGAUUGCGCCAGAGACGACGAAGGAGAUCAGAUCGGAAAAGAAGUCUCCAUUUUCAUCGCGGAGAGCGAGGAGGAAAGAGGAGAAGAUGAGCGUGAAUCUUCCACCGACGGAAAUCGACCGGAUUCGGCGAGUUGCUGGCUUUUCCAGGACGAUGUGGAGGAGCUGUACGGACUCGACACCGAGGAAGGAGAAGAUGAUGAUGAUGAAGUGGAGAAGAAAGAGGAGAUCAUGAGUACGGAGGAGCUGAAUCGGAAAUUUGAAGAUUUCAUAAGGAAGAUGAAAGAGGAGAUUAUAAUUAGUGAAGCAAGGCACAAGGUGCUCAUGCUUAAUUCACCUAAUUAAAUUUAAUAUAUUUAUUUAAAUAUAUAUAAACACACAUAUAUAUCGAAUUUAAUAAUUAGUAAUGUAUAUUUUGAAUUUCUUGUAUAGACUACUAAUUAGUAGAAGCCACUUUGUUUGUAUAGGCUUUUGAGCUGCUUUUCUUCUUUAUUGGAUAUAAUUGUUGUUAUUAUUUAUUUUGUAGGAGUAUUAAAAAUAUAUAAAACCGCCAUUCUUCGUUA